UCAAUACAAGCGCCCGCCUCCUUCAAGCGCCUGAAAAAUAACCCACCUAGACGGGCAUACACAACUCGCCCACAUGUUUCGCGACAGACUCAACGAAACCUCUUAGAGUACUGCAACUAACCGUAUUUCUCAGUUUGUCUGCGCGCCACAGCCGCCCAUCACCGAUCGCAAUGGCGACCCCCUCGAGCGAUGCGGGAUUCAUGAUGUCUGAUGCCCCUCGCUCCAGCGGCUUCAGACGUCCUCAACACCCCAGCUCUUCGGCUGGUCGACCCCGCGCCCCUCCGUCCGAGAGCAUGGGCGCGCCCAGCGACGACGAGGGUGAUGGCUUUGCCGACGACCAGGUCCCAAUUAAAUCUCGAAGGCCUGAUCAACAAGUACCCCGCGUUGAGGAUCGCGUCGGUCUUGCCAUCCAACAACACUUUGAAGAGUUUAUAGAAUCGUAUACCGAAGAGCCCGACUCCUCUGGUCAACCAGCCUCAAGCGCCGUGACAACCAGAGUUUACUAUGUCGCCCAAAUCCAUGGGAUGCGGACGCAUCAACUCUCUACACUUUACGUCGACUUUAAACAUCUCAGCACCUACCAGAAUGGUAACCUGGCAGAGGCAAUAGUCAGAGAGUACUACCGUUUCCUGCCUUAUCUUACCACAGGUCUGCAUAACAUGAUCGCAAAGUACGAACCGCAAUACUUCCGCGAGCACCGCCAACCAACAACGGCCUCGAGCAACAUGACGACCUCGGGUGCCAGCAAUGUCGGCUCGGCCAGCCAGAGCGAUUUGGCAGAGAAGACGACCAACCAGCAGACGGACAAGCUGUUUUCGAUAGCCUUCUACAACCUUCCCCUGGUCAGCCGGGUGCGCGCACUGCGCGCAAAGAAUAUCGGGCAGCUACUGAGCAUAUCCGGCACCGUCACCCGCACAUCUGAAGUCCGUCCAGAGCUGUCGUUGGCAACGUUCAUGUGCCAGGCCUGUAAGGCCAUUGUGCCAAACGUAGAGCAGACCUUCCGCUACACAGAGCCAACUCAGUGCCCCAACGACAACUGUCAAAAUCGUCUGGCAUGGCAGCUUGAUAUCAGGCAAAGCACCUUUGUUGACUGGCAAAAGGUUCGUAUCCAAGAGAACAGCAGUGAAAUUCCCACAGGCAGCAUGCCUCGUACAAUGGAUGUCAUUAUGCGCGGUGAAAUCGUCGACCGCGCGAAGGCUGGUGAAAAGUGCGUCUUCACUGGCGCACUCAUCGUCGUACCCGAUGUCAGUCAGAUGGGCCUGCCAGGACUGAGAGCCACAGCGGUACGCGACGACAAGGCACCCCGCCCCGCCGAGGCUGGUGGCUCAGGAGUUACCGGACUCAAGUCUCUUGGUGUGAGGGAUUUGACUUACAGGUUGGCAUUCCUCGCUUGCAUGGUCAUACCACAUAGUGAUGGGUUAGGAGGUUCAUCAAAGGGAGGUGCGGCUGAGAUUGCAGCGGCAUUGGCCCACGCAGCUUCGUCGGAUGUAACAGAAACACAAGAGGAGGCGCAGGCGGCAGUACUGGCAUCAUACAGCACAUCCGAGAUUGAUGAUCUGCGUAGUAUGGUGCACAGCGACAAGAUUUACGACCGUCUAGUGCAGUCUAUAGCACCAACAGUGUAUGGUCACAAUGUGGUCAAGAAAGGCCUGCUGCUACAGCUCAUGUCCGGUGUCCACAAAACUACAGCAGAGGGCAUGCAGCUCCGUGGCGACAUCAACAUCUGCAUUGUGGGGGAUCCGUCAACGUCCAAAUCACAAUUCCUCAAAUACAUCUGCUCAUUCGCACCACGGGCGGUUUACACAUCAGGAAAGGCCUCUUCAGCAGCAGGUUUGACGGCUGCAGUGGUCAAGGAUGAGGAAACUGGCGAGUUCACUAUCGAAGCCGGUGCUCUGAUGCUGGCAGACAACGGCAUUUGCGCCAUUGACGAGUUCGACAAGAUGGACAUUGCCGACCAGGUAGCAAUCCACGAAGCUAUGGAACAGCAAACCAUUUCUAUCGCCAAGGCAGGUAUACAAGCAACUCUCAAUGCGCGUACAUCCAUCCUGGCGGCAGCCAACCCAGUGGGUGGGCGGUAUAACCGAAAGACAACGCUGCGGGCUAACAUCAACAUGAGUGCGCCCAUCAUGUCUCGUUUCGAUCUCUUCUUUGUGGUGCUAGACGAGUGCAACGAACGCACUGAUCGCCAUCUCGCUGAGCACAUCGUCGGGAUUCACCAGCUGCGUGACGAGGCCAUCGAGCCUGAGUUCAGCACCGAGCAGCUGCAGCGCUACAUUCGAUUUGCUCGCACAUUCAGGCCCGAGUUUACCGAGGAGGCCAAGCAGACCCUGGUAAAACAUUACCGCGAGCUGCGAGCCGACGACGCACAGGGCGGCGUGGGCAAAAACAGCUACCGCAUCACGGUCCGUCAGCUGGAGAGUAUGAUUCGGCUGAGCGAAGCCAUUGCCAAGGUCAACUGCGUCGAGGAAAUUGCCUCUCACAUGGUCGACGAGGCCUAUAACCUGCUGCGUCAAAGUAUUAUAUCGGUGGAACACGACGACGUCGAGGUUGACGACGAGGAGGAUGCACCCGAGGAUGACCAGGAGACGCUCCGCCGGGCGGCACAGGCAGGUCAAGCUCCAGAUGAGGACUCGCCAAUGGGCGGCGAGGAGGCUGCCCAGAACGCGUCGACGACAACGCCAGCUAGCCAAAAGGUGACCAUCACCCACGAGAAGUGGGUAGCGAUGCUAAACAUGAUGGUCCAACGUGUCGCCGAGGACGAGGUCUCGGGCAGCGGCGAGGGCAUCUCUGGCGACGACCUCGUCAACUGGUACUUGGAGCAAAAGGAGGACGAGCUUGCGAGCGAGGAAGACUUCAACAGGGAAAAGAAACUGGCCACAAUGGUGCUCAAAAAGAUGGUCAAGGAACAUAUCCUCAUGGCCGUCGAGGCCCAGUCGGAAGACGGCGAUGCCGCCACUGUAGAGGGCUCAUCGGCGCGCGCCGUCCGUGUUGUCUACGUGCUCCACCCCAACUGUGCUGUGGAGGAAAUUUGAUGAGUUGGAAUAUCCUGGGUGUUGGUGUUGAUGAUGUUUGGUAAUUGUUUAGGUUGUGAUGUUGAUGCGACACGAGGGAUACCUUUUUCGUUUUCUUGAGAAAUAGUGUCUGGUUUAGAGAUGGGUGUUUUAAGCUAGCAUAGCGCACACCGCAUCUCGCUUUAUUAUGAACUUAUGAGGAGGCCAAAUACGAAUGAACCAUCCAGUUAACUCACGUUGUCAUAGUUCCGAAUGGUACGAGCCGUGUCCACA